AUGAUAAACAAGAAGUUUGUGGCUUUUGAUCCUUUCGAAACAAAAGAAAAUGUGUGCACAUAUUUUUCACAAAUUUCCUUGAUAUGGCGUGAAUAUGAUACCGACAACUCUGGCUAUAUUGAAGCUGAUGAACUGAAAAACUUUUUACGCGAUUUACUCAAAGAGGCCAAAAAAAUUAAUGAUGUUUCCGAGGAUAAAUUAAUUGAAUACACUGACACAAUGUUACAAGUUUUUGAUGCUAACAAGGAUGGCCGUUUACAGCUCUCAGAAAUGGCAAAAUUAUUACCAGUUAAGGAGAACUUUUUAUGCCGUCAGGUCUUCAAGAAAAAUGUAAGCAUUUUGGAACAUAGAAAUACAGAAUAG